AUGGUACGAGAGGAUGUCCACCGUUGCUACAGCCCGGAGUCUCUCUGGCAGGACACAGAUCUGGGUGUCCAAAUAGUCCCUAAAUACUCACCAACCCUUCCUGUUGCAGCUGCCGGGCGCAUCCCCCUCAUACUUACGGUAUUAAGGAUUAUCUCCAUCCAAAAGUCACUGCGCCUUUUGGACCAAUCAGACGAGACUCUCGGCGCGCGGCUCCUUGCACAGCACUGGUAUCCCGCAGACAUACUAAACCGCAAGCUGGAAAUCGCCGUGGCAUUCGGUCGGGGGGAGGGGGUGGGCACCUCUCGAGGGCACUUACACCAGAGGGCGAGAACUUCAGGUCUUGUCGCUUCUUACUUCCACCGAAUAGGUCGUCGCUUCCAGUUGCUCCGCGAAGCGUUGCGGAGCUACAAGAGGCUGCCAGCGGCGAACAGGUUAUUGAACCGCUCGUGCGCUACGCUGCGAAGGGCUGAAGCAUGCCCGGCGAGGCUCGCCUACCUCGAAGAAAGCCUUAGAAGACCGUCCUCUCCCCCACUCAAAGAGGUCUUCUUUAGGGUCUGCCUAGGGGAGACUACGAAGAAACUCGCAUCGCACUUCUCCAUUCUCAUCGGCAUGCUCGCCUACGCCGCGCGCCACGCGCUGGGCGUCCCUGCCCGAGGCACACGCGCGGGUAACGCAAGCGCGGAACGACCACGUACUGAUGACGCCGCUGUUAGAAUUCUCCGUGUUACGAACGGCGUGAUUUAACGGCGAGGGAAGGCGGCUCGUGAGCAUUGCGGCGACAUCGGAGAAGGCGCUGAGCGAGAUGGGCGUGGUGUAUACCAUGCACGGAUGAGGCAGCUUCCCGGUUUGGGGCCUCAGGCCUCAUAAAGGAACCUUAUCAAAGCGCGACUCGCAACACACGGCAUUGUCACAG